AUGGCAUCAGCACCAAACCUUCCUGCCGAAUACAAGGUCGGCGUCUUCGAGGCCAAGGGCGAACCGAUCAAGUUCAAGCAGGUCAAACUCGAAUUGCCAAAGCCUGGAGAGGUCCUGGUGAAAGUUCUCGCCUGUGGUGUCUGUCAUUCCGACCAUGCCGUCCGCUUCGGCCUGUUCGGCAAUAGCUUCCCAAUCGUCCCCGGCCACGAAGUCAUUGGGGAAGUCGCUGCCAUCCCGGACACAGAGAAGAAAUGGAAGGUUGGCGACCAUGUUGGAGGACCCUGGCAUGGGGGCCACGAUCAAACUUGCGUCCCAUGUCAACGCGGCUUGUUCCAGAUGUGCGAGAACGAGGCCAUUAACGGCGUCACCAGGGAUGGAGGAUAUGGAGAGUACGUGACUCUGAGGACCGAGGCGGUCGUCCGGAUUCCCAGCGACGCAGACCCUGCCGAGUACUGCCCCGUACUGUGCGCUGGUGUGACGGUCUUCAAUUCUCUCCGACAACAAAAGGUUCUAGCGGGUUCGACCGUCGCGGUACAAGGACUAGGUGGACUAGGCCACCUUGCGUUGCAAUAUGCCAACAAAGCGGGAUACAGGACGGUUGCCAUCUCCUCCAGCGCCGAAAAGAAGGACUUCGCCAUGCAGUUGGGUGCUCACGACUACAUCGACGCAUCCAAGGGUGACAUUGGCGAACAACUUCAGAAGCUGGGCGGAGCAUCCUGCAUUCUUUUCACGGCCCCCAACGAGAAACUCAUUCCCUCGCUGCUCAACGGCUUGGGACCACUGGGCAGAUUGAUCGUUCUGGCCGCGGCAGGACCAGUCGAAGUGAACACGGCGUCCAUGAUCGGCAAGGGAUUGAGCAUCCAGGCAUGGCCCAGCGGGCACCAACUAGACAGCGAAGAAGCCAUCUCGUUUGCUCAGACGCACGGCGUCAAGUGCAUGAUUGAGAAAUUCCCUCUUGAAAAAGCCAGCGAGGCCUUGGAAAAGAUGACCAGUGGCAAAGUCAGGUUCCGAGGGGUGCUCAUUCCGUAG